UUCAAUGUGCUUGUGUGUGAGUGUGUGUGUGAGUUCGAUCCAGUACAACUCUUUGCACAUUGUUAUUCUCCUCCUUUUCUCAACUCAGCUGCCACAACUUCUCCCCCUACCACACCACCACCAGUGCCAGGUUUGAACGAUAAUGUGUGAAUCCGAAGAUUAAACUGUUUUUUUUGUGUAGGGAAUAUAGAAAAUGUUCGUAGUCCUGGUUGUGGUAGGAUGGAGUGGGAUGCUGCAGACGGAGGUGUUGGAGGACUCUCCUACAAGAUAAGGUUCUACAGUGGCCAAAGUUUUGGUUCCACUCCCUCAUCCCAGAGGAUUGUCCUCUCCUCUCCUACCAACUCUCUCUCCUUCACUGACCAGGAUGUACCAACCCAGCGUCCACUUUAUGCUAUUAUCAAAGGUAGAAACAGCAACGGUGUGCAUUCAACCUCUUGGUCAACACCAAUAGUGGCAGCAGAGAUUGGCUGUCCUUGACAGACAAAGCAUGAUCGAUCAUUUUGCUCUAA